CUCGCCCCACAGCCCAUCAGAAUGACAAUAGUAUUGAUGUAAAAUGUGUCGCCUUUGGGCCGCUCAAGCAUACAACCCCUGCAUGCCUGGCCCAGCCACCGCCACAGUUUAUGGCUUUAUUGUGUCCCCUUUUAUGUCCUCCCCUGUUGGGGUGGGCGGACAACAAUUUAGAAAAUUCACUGUAUAUGAGCGGAGAUUAUGCGUGUGUUGACGUGCGCGUCCUUGCGCACGGUAUGCACGUAUAUCCGGAUCAAUUAGUCAGGGCACAACCCCUAAAAAAUCAAUGUGUCAACAUGGACGUCAGCUUCGGCGGAGACGCCGGUCCCUCCAGCCGCUCUGGGGAAUCUUUUUCACUGAUCACACAUGAAACAAGUUGAGUAACAACUCUACCUUUUUUCAUGUGUCCCUCCCCAUACCUCCCUCUCUCAUUUCCCUCCCUCCCUCUUUCCUUUCUUUUCCACAUUACCAGGGGGUGGCGUGUGAUUGACAGAUGGGAACGAAUAAUAAUUUUUUUUUCGUAACCUAAGGCCAUCUUCUGUGAUUGGCUUGCCAGCUGACAUCUCCAAACCUCAUUCCCCCCGCCUCUCCUCUCCCCCCCCCCCUUUAAUAUUGGGCCUGUGGAUGAGGCAUCCUGAGGGAGAAAAAAGUAGAGAGAGAGAGAAAAAGAUAUCUACCUUAGGGAAGAACCUCAGAGAGAGGGAGGGAAGGAGAGGACGGGUAGGAGCGUGUGUGCAUGUGUGUAAGAGACACUUAUUCUCUUAACUACUAGGAGACAGACACACUUUCCUGGCCCGACUCAAAGAAGGGGGGAAAACAGGAGGAAGAUUUUUUUUUUUUCUCAAUAUCAUUUUAAUCUUCCCCCUCAUUCAACAAUCAAGCUGCCCUAAAGCUCCUGGAAAACUCUUCUUCACUGCCUGCUGGAAGUUCUAUGUAUUGAUCCAUUUACCCUCUCACACACUACAAGGCUUACCUCAUGGAUUUGUAUCUGAUUGGAUAUUUGAUGUGUGUGUGGUUGUCCAGCUCACGGGUGCUUGGAGGCUAUCCCAUCUGGUGGUCCCUGGCCCUCGGGCAGCAGUACUCGUCUCUGGGCUCCCAACCCAUCCUGUGUGGCUCCAUCCCCGGCCUGGUGCCCAAGCAGCUGCGCUUCUGUCGCAACUACAUAGAGAUCAUGCCCAGCGUCGCAGAGGGGGUCAAGCUGGGGAUCCAGGAGUGCCAGCACCAGUUUAGGGGCCGCCGGUGGAACUGUACCACCAUCAAGGACAACCUGGCCAUCUUUGGCCCUGUGCUAGAUAAAGCAACCAGAGAGUCGGCGUUCGUCCACGCUAUAGCUUCAGCAGGUGUGGCGUUCGCAGUGACGCGCUCCUGCGCCGAGGGCACGUCCACCAUGUGCGGCUGCGACUCCCACCACAAGGGGCCGCCCGGGGAGGGCUGGAAGUGGGGCGGCUGCAGCGAGGACGCAGAGUUCGGGGUGCUGGUGUCCAGGGAGUUCGCCGACGCCAGAGAGAACCGCCCGGACGCUCGCUCGGCGAUGAACCGACACAACAACGAAGCAGGACGCACGACCAUCCUCGACCACAUGCACCUGCGCUGUAAGUGUCACGGCCUGUCCGGAAGCUGCGAGGUGAAGACGUGCUGGUGGGCGCAGCCCGACUUCCGCAUGCUGGGCGACUACCUGAAGGACAAGUACGACAGCGCCUCCGAGAUGGUGGUGGAGAAGCACCGCGAGUCGCGGGGCUGGGUGGAGACGCUGCGGGUCAAGUACAACUUCUUCAAGCACCCCACCGAGCGCGACCUGGUCUACUACGAGGGCUCGCCCAACUUCUGCGAGCCAAACCCGGAGACCGGCUCCUUCGGGACGCGCGACCGAGCCUGCAACGUGUCGUCGCACGGCAUCGAGGGCUGCGACCUGCUGUGCUGCGGCCGCGGCCACAACACCCGGACUGAGAAACGCAAAGAGAAGUGCCACUGCAUCUUCCACUGGUGCUGCUACGUCAGCUGUCAGGAGUGCGUGCGCGUCUACGACGUCCACACGUGCAAGUGAGAGGGCGCUUUCAGACAAAAACUGACUGCUGGACAACAAAAAGUGCUGCCUGCCCUUCAGCUCCCCAACCUCCUGCACGACCUCCCUGCUCCCUCCAGACAGACUCUGCAUCAGACACAUAUUCAUCAGCACACACACUCAGGCCCUAAUGGGUAAUGGCACAUCAGCUAUGGAUACUUCUAUACCUUCUUUUUUUUUUUUGUAAAAAUCUUCCAAACCACUACGCCCAUCUCCAUAAUAUCUGACGCCCUGUGUUGACCUCUAGUCUGAGGUCUAGUCCGCUCUCAUGGGAAGAGUUGUGCCACUAUUCCCUGCAGCAUCUCCCUCCCCCUUCGUCUUUAUUUAUUUCCCCUCCAUGCCAGCACAAUGUUUGUGGCAUGUACAGUAACACUUUUUACCUGUGAGAUUAAUGCAGUAAAACAACUUUCAGACUCUCUUUGCUUUUGAAUAAAAAAGCUAACUAACACCUCACUUCUCCGGCCAGUCUGGCCUUUUGUUUUUAAACUAAACCAACCUCUACGCCGUCACUUAUUACGUGACACUGAACACGUCGGCAGCCCCCGGGGAAAACCAUCACUUUGUAACUACUGAACUGAACAGGUUGGAAGUGCCACAGUCCUGUCUUUUGUAAACUACUGAGCUGAUGAAAUCCUCAGUGUUGCUCCUCUCCCUGCUGACUGACUCUACCGCACCAGGAUAAGAUAUAUGCUACCGUCUUGAUUUUAUAGCCCUGCAUUUCUGACAUAUUACCCAUCGGGCUGGGAAUUGGAGGUAUGCAGCAUGUGUGUGAACAAGCAUGCUCAUUCCACUAACCUACACAUGUAUAUGUAUGCACUAUUCAGUUCCACUCCAGGUGGUAGAGAUUUGAGCGUUUGUUUACGCGAGCAAACUUCUCCGUCAUCGCGAGCUAGCGGUUCUCAUGAAUGGACGACUUUGUUCCCGCGUCCGGGCAACCUGCAAAUUGCUCAUAAUUUCCAACACAACACAACACAGUCGUACAUUAUUCAAUCUAAAAGGAGCGAUGCGGUGAAAACACACCGCCGUUCAAAUUAUAUGAGUGAGUAGAUCAUUUUUGUGGCAUUUAUAAACGUGAGUCAAGCUUCAGCAUGCUUAAAUAUUAAUUCCGGUCUUAUGAGCAAACUGGGAGAUCUUUUUAUCUAAGGUUCAUCUUAGAGGCUUUUGUCAAAACUUUUUAUCACUGUAAAAAAUAAAAAAAGGGGGACGUGUGACGACAUGUGGAGACCAGAGAAGGUUCUGAUUGGCUUUCACCUCCUCCCUUCCUUCCUUCCCUUCUUCCUUCUCUCCAUGUUUCCCCUCAGUUGAGGUUUCUAAGAAGCCUGAUUUAUGAACUUGUACUCUUGUCAGUACACCCCAAGAAAAUACUCCUGCCUCGCGGUUUUGGUUGCGGAGAUAUUGGAAGAACAAUACUGUAAUUUACUCACAAUAUUUUUGUUUUUCAGAGGACGACAUGGAUGUCGGCCCGUUUUUUUUAUAACAAAAGGAAAUUAUUUUCCGAUCAUUGAGGUUGUGAUUUGUUUUUGGGUGGACAGAGACGACUCCCAGUUCAUGUAGAUUCUGAGAAGAAGAAGAAGAAGAAGAAGGUUGGGAAACAUCAUCAGGAGCUGGAUGAUUUAUGUGUGCAAGAUGUGGAUGACGGCUGCCAGUGACAAACAGAAGUGAACGGAAAAAACGGACGGAUGGACGGAUUCACAUUGGUGGAACAAACCGAGAGAGGUUUCCACAGAACAUGUUCUGACAGUCCCACCUGCUUCCUAUUAAUUAUAUUUCAAAACAAAACAAAAAUACCCAGUAGUGUGUAGGCCGUCCUCUCUUUUGUGACAUAGCUUAGCUCAUUUUGUGUCAUCUUCUACGCAGCCCUCCCUACCUGGGCCUACCUUUCUGUGUUCAGUCCCCUCCACUUCUCCCGCUAUAUCCAAAGUUUUGUACAAAUGUUUUAAAGUGAAUAAUUCCCUUUUUAUUUUAUAAUCGUAAAUGUUAUGUUUUUAUAAAUAUUAUUUAUUAUACAAUGUAUAUAUCUGUAUGACUGAACUAAGAUUAUAUAUUUGAAGAACAAAACUGUCUCGUGCUUUUUUGCUUUAUAGCCAGAGGUACACACACUAACAUUAACCCUCUGAGACCCACAAUAGAGACGUUUUUGUCUGUUUUAGGGGGGUACAGGGGGUCUUUAGGGGGAGAUAGCAGGUCAACAGUAGAUGUCACAUAGAAGUGGUGUAC